UAUGCUACCCGGAGGCUCUGCCGUGAAUUCACAGGGAGCCGAGACAGCUGAGCACGGGAGCCAGCCCUGAGCGGCGGCGAACAAGAGCAUGUCUUAUCCCAGCGAGCAGCUGCUGCCGGCGUGAAGGGAGGAUGAGGCCACGGGAGGAGACAUCUGCCCCGGCACCCUCCGAGAGCCCCUGCUCUUCCAGAGCCAUGUCCCGACCCUGGCGGGCUGCGCCACGCUCCAGGCAGCUUUGAAGUUAGAGGAGGCAGUUGUGUUUAGAAAGGCAAGAGAUGAACUGAAGAUUAAACAUGUAUGGGAAUUAUCCUCACUUCAUUAAGUUUCCUGCAGGCUUUGGCAAUUCCCCUGUUCAUGCCAGCUCCACAUCUAUGAGCCCAUCGUCAAGCCUUUCCACGGGAAAUUCAGUGGACGGGCACCACAACUACCUCGAGGCCCCUGCAAACGCCUCCCGGGCGCUGCCAUCCCCCAUGAACGCGAUCGGGUCUCCAGUGAACGCGCUGGGCUCACCGUACAGAGUCAUCGCGUCCUCCAUCGGCUCACACCCCGUCGCUCUCUCCUCAGCCCCGGGCAUGAAUUUUGUGACACACACCAGUCCGCAGCUCAACAUCCUGAACAAUGUCAGCAGCUCAGAGGACAUCAAGCCUUUGCCAGGUCUCCCAGGGAUCGGGAACAUGAAUUAUCCAUCUACAAGCCCAGGAUCCUUAGCCAAACACAUCUGUGCCAUCUGUGGGGACAGGUCCUCGGGGAAGCACUAUGGGGUGUACAGCUGUGAGGGCUGCAAAGGCUUCUUUAAGAGGACAAUCCGGAAGGACCUGAUCUAUACCUGCCGAGACAACAAGGACUGCCUCAUAGACAAGCGCCAACGCAACCGCUGUCAGUACUGCCGCUAUCAGAAGUGCCUCGCAAUGGGGAUGAAGAGGGAAGCUGUGCAGGAGGAGAGGCAGAGGAGCAGAGAGCGGAGUGAGAAUGAAGCCGAGUCCACAAGCAGUGGCAGCGAGGACAUGCCUGUGGAGAGGAUCCUGGAAGCUGAGCUGGCAGUCGAACCCAAGACGGAAGCGUACAGCGACGUGAACACAGAGAGCUCAACAAAUGACCCCGUCACCAACAUAUGUCAUGCAGCUGACAAGCAGCUUUUCACACUCGUUGAGUGGGCCAAGCGAAUCCCCCACUUCUCUGACCUGACUCUGGAGGACCAAGUCAUUCUUCUCCGGGCAGGCUGGAAUGAGCUGCUCAUCGCCUCUUUCUCCCAUCGCUCCGUCUCGGUGCAAGACGGCAUCCUUCUGGCCACAGGCUUGCACGUGCACCGCAGCAGUGCUCACAGUGCUGGUGUGGGCUCCAUCUUCGACAGGGUUCUGACAGAGCUGGUGUCCAAAAUGAAAGACAUGCAGAUGGAUAAGUCGGAGCUGGGGUGCCUGCGAGCCAUUGUCCUGUUCAACCCAGAUGCCAAGGGUUUGUCCAGCCCCUCAGAAGUGGAAUCGCUGAGGGAGAAGGUCUAUGCCACUCUGGAAGCCUACACAAAGCAGAAGUACCCUGAGCAGCCAGGGCGGUUUGCCAAACUCCUCCUGCGCCUGCCAGCGCUGCGGUCCAUCGGGCUGAAAUGCCUGGAGCACCUCUUCUUCUUCAAGCUGAUUGGGGACACCCCCAUCGACACCUUCCUCAUGGAGAUGCUGGAGACACCCCUGCAGGUCACUUGAGGGUCUGGUUCCACUAUGGGCAGACCCUGGUUCCCCCUGACCCUGCACAGCCUCCUGCCCCUCUGCUCUGGGCCUACAAGAGCUCAAGAGAUGUCCUCCACCCUCUGCUCCUCGUCAGUGGGAUUGUUGUGUUUUUGUACAGCUGUAAAUCACCCCCUCUAACCCUCCCUGGCCUGGCUGUAGGGGGUCACAGAUCCUCCGACCAGUUAACCAGUCCCUUGCCCCCCUGUACAGAUAAUUGCUUUAAAUUAUUUUUUCACUCUCAAUAAAA